AUGGAGUCGGUUCAGCUUUCGUCGUCAUCCUUUCUCUAUCCCCCUCUAUCUCCACCACCCACCCUCGUCCUGCUGCUGGGCCACACCAAAUACGUCGCCAAGUACAGAGAGCUAUUCCCGGAUGAAAUCAUCAUAGUGGCCAAAUCCUUCCUGCGCCAUUUCUUCUGGCUGCCUGGCGCACGGAGCGACCUGGCCGCCGUGGCCGACGCCGUCCUCGGCAUCACCAAGGACCCUUCUUUGUCCCCGGAAUCCAGGCCUCCGAUUUUGCUUCACCUCUUCUCCAACACGGGUCUCUCCACAUCGUGGCAGCUCGACAACGUCUUUGCGGAAAAGGCAAAAGAAGCCAAACCUCGACCCAGGCGUGUGACCAUUUUCGAUUCCUCGCCCGGCCGAUAUGAAUAUUGGUCUCUUGCUUCGGCCCUGUUGCACGGGAUCCCACUAGGCCAGUGGCUCCAAACUCUUGUCCUCGUCCCUCUCGCCCACCUCCUCAGCGGCACCCUCUUCAUCUGGUGCCGCAACCUCAAUGGCGAGGACUGGAUAGCUAAAUGGGGCUAG